AUGUCUCCCAUGUUCCUCUCUUUGGCAGGUUAUUUAACUGUUUCCAUUGAACCUCUUCCUCCUGUUGUCAUUGGAGACACAGUCACACUCAAGUGCAACUUCCGAACAGACGGCAACCUCCGAGAGAUUGUGUGGUUUCAGGUGAGUGAAGGAGGCAGUGCCAAGCAGAAGAUUUUCACCUAUGAUGCCAUGUACAACACCAGCUACUCUCAUCUGGAGGACAACCGCAGACAAGAGGACCUGGUCUACCAGUCGACAGUGAGGCUUCCCGAGGUCCAGAUGGAGGAUGACGGCCUGUAUGAGUGCCAUGUGGGGAUCUAUGACAGGAGCUCCACAGACAAAGUGAUUCUAGCCUCUGGCAGCAUCACCCUCAAUGUCAUAGUACCUCCCAAGUCUAUCUCUGUGGUGGCAGCUGACAGCCCGGCUCCUUUCAGUCGCUAUGAGGCACAGAACUUCACUCUGGUUUGCAUUGUUACAGGAGCAAAGCCAGCUCCCAUGGUGUACUUCAAGCGGGAUGGCGAGCUUAUUGAUGUGGUGCCAACUGCCCACUUUUUCUCAUCAGUGGAAGACCAAAGCAAGGGCCCAGGUCUAGAAAAGAGCUGGAGCAGGACCCAGGCAGGGUUCUGGAGCUCCCGAGCUCUCACCAGUCGAGACCUUGAUGACACCAAACUCCAAAAGUCCCUGUCCCUGCUGGAGCAAGAAGGGAAGCUGGCUCGGCUGGGCCAACAUGGCCCCGAUGGCCUGGAACAGGGUGGAGAGCAAGGGUUUGAGUCGGACCCUGAGCUAACCACUGAGGUGAUCCCUGAGACAGUGGUGAGCAGGGAGUUUCCCCGCUGGGUCCAGAGUAGUGAUCCGCUCUACUACUUCCAGCACCGGCAGCAGUCAGCAGGUGAUGGCACCAUGGAGGUGAGAGCCAUGCUGACUUGGAGCCUCAACCCUCAGCUGGAUAACGAGGCUCUCUUCAGCUGUGAGGUCAACCACCCAGCUCUGUCCAUGCCCAUGCAGGCUGAGGUCACCCUAGCUGCUCCCAGAGGACCCAAGCUGUCGAUGAGCCCCGAUAAGGCCAAGGUGGGAGACACAGUGCGGAUCACUGUCCAGGGCUUUCAGCUGGGACCUUCUGCAAGCGAGGUCUUCCCUGAGCCCAUAUUCACAUGGACAAAGGUCAGCGGGCGUCUGCUAGAUGGCCGAGAGGAGCAUGAGGGAAGGGAACUCAUCCUGGAGAGAGUUCCUGCUGAGCUCAAUGGCUCCAUGUUUCGCUGCACGGCCCAGAAUCCUCUGGGCUCUACAGAUACCCACACCCGCCUCAUCGUGUUUGACAACCCAAGACUGAAGAAAGGAAAAGAACAUUUUAUUGCCAUGGAUGCAGCCGUCAGUCACUGCUCCCUCACAUUAACCUCCAUGUUGCUGCUGCUGAGCUCUACCUGCAAGCUGACGUGACCCGAGGCUCUGCUGCUCCAACCACCAACCACAUCUACUGAAGGCCCCUGCUCUUUAAUGAUCCCCUGGCAGUAGCUAAACCCCCACCCAGCUGUUCCAGCACCACUGAACAUUAAAGGUGCAGCAGGACUUCUACCCUGGGGGAGAAGGAUAUGAUAAAGCAUCAGCCACAGCGUACCAGUCCAGAUGCUGUACAGCUUGUCAUCGCACUGAGCAACUUUGCCGAGGGGUACUCUGCUCUGACUGAUUAUGAGUUUGUAAGAGGCUCUAACUGCAUCACACUAAGGGCAAAGAUAGAUGUGUGUGAUGUCACCUAUUAAUGUCUGCAGGGUUCAUAUUAGAUCCCAAUGAAUAAUGGCACUGGUAGCCAUGAUAGGCGACAGGCAUAUUUCAUUUUUAGUGUGUUCCAUCAGGAGAAAGAUUUCUGAAAAUGCUUCUGUAAAACCUAAAGAAACAUUCUUUCAUUUAUUUUUUCAGGGAGCAGAAUAACAUCAAGCAGGAUGACUCCCUCCCUUCUUGUUACUCCUGAAAAGGGCUUUGUGCUGAUGUCACAGUGUUUUCUUAUUCAAAUGAUGGAGUGAUUGGGAAUCUAAGAAUAUGUUAUUAAAAAGCUCCGUAUUAUCCUCUAAUAUUUAGCAUUGUCUUAGUAAAACAUUUACCUCCAAAUGUCUACAUCCAUGUAGACUACUGCUUGAACCAGACUGAGAGUCUACAGCCAUGCCUACAACUCUGUGAGCCUGCACUUGAGAAGAGUUAAACGGCAGAACUCCCAUGCAGUAUCACGUAUGCAUGUGCUAGUUCCGCAGCCACCGUUUUAGAUAUGUGCAUGCAUGAGUUCUGGAGCCACCAUUUUAGAAGUGCAUAUGCACACAUGCAUAAGCUCCAGAGG